UUGGACACCGGAGCAGAAGACGGACAUCAAGAUGGACCAAUCAGGAGAGGAGGUUUGAACCACAACAGCACAUUCAUCGCCUGUAAGUUCGGCACUUUAUUUUUGGGACGUUGGCUGCAGCAAGUCGCUCACUCUUAGAGUCAGUGAACUUCCAGAACAAAGAUAGUCCGUGUACAUGUGUUUUUAAUUCAUUCAAAGAUCAAGAAUAUUUUUUAAAGCGGACUAAACAAGACGCUGCUCCAUCCAUCCAUGGCGGGGACGCAGCUGCUCAGACUGCAGGUCAACGAGCGACUGGCUGCGGCUGCCGAGGAGAUCUUUGGACUUGUUGAAAAGACGAUAGCAGAGUAUCAGGAUGAAGUUGUCCGCUCCAGGACAGAAAUCAUCCAGCUGAGAAAGCAGCUCGAGCAGCUGACCGUUUUAAAGCCGGAGGUGAUGCUGUUCAGAGCAGACAUCCAGUUGGUCUCUGAGGAGAUUUUGCCUUCCCAGCAGCCAGACCAGCUUCCCACUGUGGUGAAAACGGAGCCCCUUGACUCUCAGGAGGUCCAUGUAGAAGUUGACACAGUUCCUCCUCUCUGUCCUUCAGACACCAAGCCGGUCUCUGAGGAUCUGCUCCUGUUAUUGCAGGAAUGUGACAUUAAGGUGGAACAGAUCCAAGAGUACCCACAGGUCAAAGAGGAGCAGGUGGAUCAGUGCAUCAGUCCAGACGUGGAGGCUGAUACUUCCAACAAUGCUGGAGUCAGACAUCCCAAAUCAGAACCGACCAGCGACUUUGAUCUCUUCCCAUCUUCCACUGCUGUAACUGUGGGUGUAAAUGAAAGCAUAGAUGACAAACAGGAUGAAAGCGAUGGCUCGUCGAUGCUAUGCUGUGACUCCAAGGUGGAUCAGAGUCAAAGCGUUGAAGUCCAUAUGGAACUGGAACUGGAGCAGCCUCAGAGAGACAAAAAGUCUUGCCGUUUUUGCGGUGAUACAGUUCUGAGUGACUCUGCUCUGAGAAGGCACAUGCAAAGAUUUCACGAAGGGCAGAAAGCAUUUAAAUGCCUGAAGUGCAACAAGGAGUUUGACCAAAGGCACCAUCUAAUUCAGCAUGUAAGAAUUCACACAGGUGAGAAGCCCUUCGGCUGUAAUUACUGUGAGAAAAGCUUCGCUCAGAAAUCAGGUCGUAUUGUUCACAUGAGGUUGCAUACUGGAGAGAAACCAUAUUACUGUGCUAAAUGUGGCAAAAGUUUUGCCUCGAGCAGUCAUUUCAGAUUUUGCAAAAUGAAGAAGGAAACGUUGAAGAAGAGCGAAACAAAGUCCUUUCUCUGCACGACGUGCGGCAAAUUCUUUCACACGGAGACAGACCUGAACGUGCACAUGCAGGUUCACGAGUCGUGGAAACGAUACAUGAGCGAGAAACUCAAGAACUACAGCGAGUGGAGGAAAAACAAACUACGUGACACCAAACAUUUGGGUGAAACGAGUAUUUAGGAAUUGUCUGUUUCAACUGUUGUCGCUCACAAAAGCAAUAUAUACUUGUAGAUGUGUGACAUUUACCUGAAUGAAACUAUUCACCAGUUUAUGUGGAUAGAGUUUAAAAUAUUGGGAUGUGUCAGUUAUGAUUUGAACUGACAUACAACUAAGACUGUGUCUUCAACAGUGAUACGGUAUACUGGAUUACAAGCCUUACGUUUUGACUAUUAUCACACAAUGUCUUAAACUUGUGCUGUAUCACAAUUUG